AUGCUCGUGCGAGGCGGAUGCACUUCGCCACUUUGGCCGGCUGGCGCUGCGUACGGCGCAGUGGAGGUCCUCUUGAGAGUCCGGCGGCUCAGGACCACGCGCGCCGCUGCUGCAUGUGGUCGGGAGGCGUUGGGUGCAGAGAAAGCAGCAACGCACAAAAAGUGCGGGCACCAUGCCGACGGCUUGAGUUUCUUCCGCUUCGUGGUGCCCGCAGAACGGCCUGUUUAUGCGCUCUCACGUGGGAGGUUUUUCCCGAGGCAAGGCGGGAAGCAGCAGCAGACGGCGGGCGUGUCCGACAUGUCCCGGCCGGAGCAGAGUGGUUUCGGCAACUCGGCGGGGAGGCGGAGGGCCUAA